ACAAUCGUAUUUAACCGAACAGAUACACUGCGCUGAAACAUUUUCAUAACACAUAUAUUCUUAAAUCUCAAGUAAUAUAUCUUUUUUUGUUUGUUUGUUGUUGUUUUUUUGCCACCGUUCUCUUAUCAGACCCCGGAAAACAACUCCCGGAAGGAACGUUUGAUAACACCAGUCUAGCACACAGUGAUGGUAUUAAAAGUCUUAUAUUCAUGUCUUAUAUGAUCGAUUUCUUCGAUCAUAUGUUUAUUGUCAAGCAAUCCGCGAAAGACUAGGGAACUAUGGGUAAGGGUUGUAAGGUUGUGGUUUGUGGUAUGGCAUCGGUGGGGAAAACAGCCAUCCUGGAGCAGUUACUGUACGGCUCUCACACUGCAGGUGCAGAAACAAACGACACUCAGGAGGACAUAUAUGUGGCGUCGGUGGAGACGGACCGCGGCGUGAGGGAGCAGUUGCGUCUGUACGACACUAGGGGGCUCCGCGACGGGCUGGAUCUGCCCAAACACUUCUUCUCCGUGGCCGACGGCUUCGUGCUGGUCUACAGUGUGGACAGUCUGGAGUCCUUCAGAAAAGUCGAGCUCUUGAAGAAGGAGAUAGACAAGUCCAGAGACAAAAAAGAGGUGAUGGUGAUCGUACUGGGGAACAAGUGUGACCUGCGCAGCGAGUGCCGACAGGUGGAUCAGGACGCUGCCCAGCUCUGGGCUCGUGGGGAGAAGGUCAAACUUUGGGAGGUGACCGUGACCGACAGAAGCACACUAAUCGAACCCUUCACCAGCCUCACCAGCCGCCUCACACAGCCUCAGAGCAAGUCUGCCUUCCCUCUGCCCGGACGCAAGAGCAAGGGAACCCCAUCCAACGACAUCUGAAGUCACAGCACAGUUCCAGCUCUAUAAUCUCUAAUCAACAUGUUUAAGGGCUCCUGGAGAAGAUCCAUUUACACACAAAUAAAUGCACUACUGUUUUAGGUCAUGUUUGUCCUCAGUGAUGGGAGAAGGUAGAACACAGAUGCACUCCAUAGCGAACUGCUGGUUUAGUGUGCUUGGUUUACAAUCACGAGAAGUGUUUUCGGUUACACUUUACAAUAAGGUUUGUUCAAACCAGAAAACUACAUCAGUUAUUACUAUAAAUAGUACUAGUAAAUGUUAAUCUCAACAUUUAUGAUUAAAAUCAAGUUGCAUCUGCUAACAUUAAUGAACACGAGCUCACAUGAACUAACAAACAGAUUUGUAAUAAUUAAUGGUAAGAAAGAUUAAUAAGUACGGUAACAAAUGUAUUGCUUAUUGUUAGUUUACAUUAGUGAAGUAACUAAUGGAACCUUAUUGUGAAGUGUGAAUGAUUUAAAAAGUACUAAAACAGGUCAUUCUCGUUGACAUUGAGGUUUUGUAGUUAUUCUCAAUAAAACACUACUGCUUUUUUGUUGAAUCUGGCAGUACAACUAAUCCUAAUAUGAUGAUUAUUUAUCAAUUCAAUUUCAAUUUUUUUUUCAAACUUCAAUCUAACCUGGACAUGAGAAUCCCUAGUUGCAUUUAUGCAAAAUGGUCUAAUGGUAUAGUAUAUAUAUAUAUAGAGGUGAACUUGAACUUCAUUCAGCCAGCAAGUGCUUUAAAAUUAGUUAAUAAAAAUAUGUAACAUUAGGUUGUAUAUUAAAGUUAUGCAGUUUGAUGUCUUCCAGUAUUAUUUCCAAAUACAACUAUAAUCGUAGCUUUAAAAUCCCAAAGCGACGUAUCUCAUGUAGCUAGUGGGAAGAAGUCGUGUGUAGUCCAAAAAGAUAACAUGCGUAAUGAGUGUCCCUGCUAUAGCAGCUCGUGGAAAUCUCCAAUGUUUAAAACUCACAAAUUGUGAAAUCCUUCUUGUCUUCGCACAUGUUCUAAUGUAUAUAACAGAUUUAAACAAAUACUUCACUUAUGCACUAUGUCAUGUUUUGAUUCAACAAAAUAAAUAUUUAUUGACUGUC